GAAGCGGAAGUGACGUCACGGGCGGUAAUGUAAACUGUCAAGGAUCCAUGGUAACAGAGCGUGCGGCAGUGCAGCAGCCAGCAGCGCGACGCGCGCUCCAGAGAGCCGAAAGAGCCGCUGGACGCCGCUCACCUCUUCUGGCCCAAACGGCGAUUAAAUGUAGCCCGUCCGCAAGCUUUGCGCCGCCCGUGCUCUUCUUCAGGCAGUCGCAUAGACUGGAUGACUUUUUGAAGCUGGCUGGUGGAUUCGUGUUUUUUUUAUUUUUUGUUAAUUUCAGUUUGUAUUUUUAGUUACAGGAAUCCGAAUGCCAAAAGAAUACUUUCGGUGUGUUAUGCACGUAGUUAAAGGUACCAUUGUGAAAACACAAAAAUUGCAGCCGCAAGAAUAAACAUUAUGGCUCGCUAUUAUCGUGCCGUGGGGUCGAGGACAUGAAAGUCUGAUCUCUCUGGUCACAGUAUAAUAUAGGUAAUUUUCGGUGUAAUCUAGGUAUCUCAUUAGGUUUAAUUCAGCUUCGCGCAAAAAAUGGCUCAUUUACAUACCAGACGGUUUUCUUGAUGCGUUUUGCUCUCACGGGCUAUUAAGAGAAGAGCAUUAUUUGGCAAAAUCUCUUUGCCGGUUUCUCAGCGGCUUGUACAUUUCUGCGAUAAAAUCAUAUAGAAAGAACGUUUGAAGGAUCGUGAAGAUGGCGACAGGAGCGAGUUGGCAGCAGUACUACAGCCCUGCUGGCAGCGCAUCCACCGGAGCAGGGAAAUACACUACUGGUACAUCGACCAUGUCCUACCAGUCGGGCAUCACCCUGGAAUACACCCAAGAUUUACACUUGAAAAUGAGUAAGAAAAUAGCACAGCUGACGAAGGUGAUCUACGCCCUCAACACCAAGAACGAUGAGCACGAGGCAGCCAUCCAGACCCUGAAGGAGGCGCACGAGGAGGAGGUGCAGCAGAUCCUGUCAGAGACGCGGGAAAAGAUAAUGCAGUACAAGAGCAAGAUCACCGACGAGAUGGACCUGAAGAGGCGCAUCCAGUCACUGGAGGAGUCCAUGGAGCUGCAUGAUCGCAUGAAGCGACAGGCACUGGCCGAGUUCGAGGCUUACCGGCAGCGUGUGGAGGACAUGCAGCUAUGCACAGAGGCACAGCACACGCAACGCGUCGUCUCCAUGUCCCGCGAGGUGGAGGACAUGCGGCACAGCUUCGAGGAGAAGCUACGCAGCUUCGGGCAGCUGCAGGCACAGUGCGAGCAGGACAAGUUGCAGGCACUGGAGGAGCUGCGCACCUCCCACCGGCAGGAGGUGCAGGAGCUGCUGCGCAACCACCAGAGCCAGAACGCCAGCCAGAGCAAAGACCAGGAGAAGCUGACGCAGCUGCACAAGGCUGAGGUGGAGGCGCUGAGGGAGCGCGCAGACGAGCUCAGGCAGGACAAGAAGAGACUGGUGGAGGAGUACGAGGCCAAGCUGAGCGAGGCGCAGGCCUUCUACGAGCACGAGCUGGAGGCAAUGAAGCGGACGCAGCAGCUCACCGCCGAGAACCUCCUGGCCUGGAAGAAGACGGAGGCUGAGCUGCGGCGCGAGUUCCAGGCACAGGAGGCGGCGCUGCAGAAGACGUUGGGCAGGCUGCGUGCCGAGCUGCAGCGGGUGCAGGAGGAGGCCCGCGAGAGCCGAGAGAGGACGCAGAAGCUUCAGGCCUCACUCAGCGCCGCCGAGAGCACCAUCAAGGAGCUCCAUAAGCAGCUGGACGAGGUGACCCAAGAUGCAGAAAUCGUAGAGAUCCGACAGAAGGAGACGGAAUGCGAGCUGGAGGCCACUCGGGACCGGGUGCAGCAGCAGGCCACCGAGAUCCUUCUGAAAGCCAGUCAGAUCGGCAGCCUGCAGGCCACCCAGAUGACCCACGAAGCCGCCAUCCGGGACCUGGAGUCUGAGAAGUCUCGCCUGAAGGACAAGGUCCUACGCCUGGAAGAGGAGCGAGAAGCCCUGCAGAACAAGAGCCAGGCGCUGGAGGACAGGCAGCGGCAGCAGAUCAUGUCCCUGGAGAAGACACUUCGGGAGGAGAAACAAAGCUACGAGAAGGAAAUGAUGUGCAUGCGCGCCAGGUACGAGGAGGACGCGGUCUACUUUAAGGAGGCUCAGACCCGGGCGCUAGAGGACCUCUCCAAAAAGCACCGGGCCAUCCUGGAGACUACGCAGGUCGAGGCUGAGAGGGAGAAGAACCACUUGCUGGAAGAAAUGGAGCAGCAUUUUGAGCAGGAGCGCCUCCUGCUGGAGGAACAGAAGAAUCACCUUCGGCAGCAACUCGACAGCCUGCGGGAGGAACUUACUGCCAAACUCAAGUCAGCCAAUCAGGAGGUGUCUCGUCUGCAGGAGCAGGUUCAGCAGAGCGAGCAGGGCCUGGACUCGGCCGAGGGCCACAUCUCCAGUCUGAAGGAGGCGCAGGAGAAACUCAUCGAGGAGUUGGAUGUAACAAGGUCCAGGUUACGGGAGACCAGUAACCUCCUCACCGCCCUGCAGGGGGAGAUGGAGACCCAGAAGCGGCAGCAUGAGGCCAAGCUAGUCUCCAUCAAAGAAGAAGAGAAGCUGAAAAUUGAUAAAGUGGCCCUGGAGCUGGAGCUGAAGUGGACCGAGACCUUGAGGCAGGAGUGCAAGAAGCUGCGGGAAGAGCUGCGGGAGGAGCACGACGAGGACAAGCGCAGCGCCCUGACGCAGCUGGCGCAGAGCAAGGAGCAGGAGAUGGGUGCCGCCAGGGAAGGCUGGCAGAGGAAGGUGGAGGACCUGCUGGAGCAGAUCUCACUGCUGAAGCAAAGCCUGGAGAUGCAGCUGUCGCAGUCGCAGAACUCUCUGCAGCAGCUGCAAGCGCAAUUCAACCAGGAGCGCGAGCACCUGAGCCAGCAGCUGCAGGAGUUGGAGCUGGAGCACCAGCGCAGGGAGCAGCGGCUGCAGGAGGCACAUUGCUGCGCGCUGCAGGACCUGGAGGAGGCACGGCUGCAGGACCUGAAGGAGUUGGAGGAGCGCCUGCGGCAACAGCACCACAUGGAGCUGCAGUCCUUGCGGGAGGCCCACAGGCACAGCAUCGAGACGCUGCGGCAGCAGUCGGAGCAGGAGCUGCAGACGCUGCGUUUUGAGCUGGAGGACGAGGGCAAAGCCAUGCUGGCAUCCCUGCGCUCUGAGCUGAAUCACCUCCACGCCUCAGCCAUCGAGCACCUGCGCCAGACACAUCAGCAGGAGACGGCCGCCGCCAAACUGGAGCUGGAGACCGCCCUGGAGGAUAGCCGGCAACAGGAGAAGAAGCUUCUGGGACGCAUCUCGGACCUGCAGGAGGAGGUCAGCCGCAGGAAGAAUCACAUCGCCGACCUGGACCAUGAGAUUCACUCCCUGAACGAGAACAUCAGCACCCUGACCAAGGAGCUGGAGCUGAAGGGCAAGGAGGUGCUGAAGGUCCGCAGUGAGGCCAACCAGCAGAUCAGGGCCCACGAGCAGGACCUGAUAAAGAAACACGAGAGGGAGAUGACGGAGAUGAACGUCAGCCACAACCGCGAGACGCAGAACAUGCUGGCGGACUUCAACAAAGCCCAGGAGCUUCUGAAGGACAAGAUCUCCGCACUGCAGAUCCUUUUGGAGGGAACAGAGGAAAAGUUCCGGAACAGGGAGAGCCGCCCCGAAGACCUGCAGGUGAUUGCUGAGCUGAAGGAUAUGGUGGCAGAGAGAGAAUCACUGGUAAAGAAGCUGGUGGAUGACAAAAAGUUCUACCAGUUGGAGCUGGUGAACCGAGAGACCAACUUCAACAAGGUGUUCAAUGCAAGCCCCAACGUUGGUGUCAUCAACCCCCUCAUCAAGCAAAAGCGAAAGAAUGACAAAUCAGCAAACAGAUUCAGCAGUUCGCCAAAUCUAAGGGCUCUGGAAGCUGGGGGUCCUGGGGGUGCCCCCCCGCCGCCCAGCCGUCUAGAACCCAUUCCCAACUCCCCCAUUCACCACCUUGAGCUCAACACGAGCAAACCUCUGCCCCCACCGACCCCUCCGACAGAGCCCAAGAAAGUCAUGAGCCCUCCUGAGACGGACGACUCGCCUGAAGCUUCUCCGGACCCGCAGCGGCAGGAGUGGUUCGCCCAGUACUUCAGCUUCUGACUUUUUGGAACCGAAGAGCAUGUCAAAGAAAACAAAGAAAAAAUGAGAGAGAUGUACUCAACUACACAUCGUCACAUACUGUUUAUUAAUUCACUGUGAAUGGAUUUGUUUGUACAGUGACAAAAGUACAUUUGGCAUUUUCUUUGAUGCAUCUGAGUGGUGGAUAAGCUGCUACAUAUUAUUUGUUAAAUGCAGUAUCGUCUGUCCUCCGUACUUUAUUUUAGAUUGGCACCGUAAUGACAGUUUGUUACAAGCUCCACCUCUGCAUCAUUUUGGUAGGAUUAAACUAUUUGUAUGGUUGUCUCAACCCCGAUCUUAAAAUAAUGUCUCACUGAUUUUAAAAUAAAUGGUAUAUUUUAUAUUUAUAUUAUAUUGGUGUAUGCUAUAAAUAAAUAAUUGUGACAUUUACCUAUGUAUUGUGUAUUUGUCAGAUAUUUAAUGCAAACAUUUCUUGUACAUUCUUUAAUUGUAAAUGUGUUGAUGGGAAAAUACUGAAAAUCAGGUCAGAAGCCAAUGCUUAAAAUAAUGAUCUCUGUGUGUCUAGACAGUAACUGUACAUAACAGUUGCCUUUACGGAGGUAGUUUUUUUUCCAUUGUUCUGAGAGCAAGCAUGAUAAAUACAUUCUGUUUCCUGAGAAAUACAGGAACAGAAUCAGAUUUUCCUCCUAAUUGGAUGUAUUCUUUUUGGGUAGAAAACAUAAAAAAUAUUU